GUCUCCAGCAGCGUCCCCUAAAUUUCGUCCCCUAAAGGAAUAUUCUCUGUCCUUUACAGAACACUCUAAAAGAUUUUGUCCUCUAUAUAUUCUCCGUCUCCAGCAGCGUCCUCUAAAUUCUGUCCCCUAAAGCUACAGUGUUAACAGAUUCACAUUUUCCAUUUCUUUUUCAUUUUUCUUUGUUUUCUUGUCAUUUGACGCUACAUAAAUCAUACGUAAAAAUUGUAUUUAUUAAUUUUGAAAGUAAUAAAUUCGAAAUGUCAAUAUUAAUUACAUUGCUUGUUUUGUUGUUGUGUAAUUGUUGGCGAUAACGCGCCACAUAGUAUAAUAUCGUUGGCAAAAUAUGUUUUGAAAUGGACAAGCUUGAACCGUAAGCCAGUACUCUUCUUCGAGAAGCCAUAGCCUAGCUUCCCUUGCACGACAAGCGCAUGGCUUCUAUCCGAAGCGUACUUCCUCUAUAAAUACCAAGUGAGCCUUCCAUACUUCACUCAACCUUGCCUUUACAAACUCCACAACCAUGAAUUCGUACUUAGAAAACAAUUUUCUUGUGCGGUUGAUGGAAGAAAUGGAAGAGGAAGAAGAAGAGUUGCAGUUGGCGAGGCACAUGGUCAAUAGGAGGCGACGUGCACGCAAUGAGCGUCGUCAUGGUGGUUCGAUUCCAGGGCGUGUUAGGAUUCAUCGUGAUCACAUGAGCGACGAUGCAAGAAUCCGAGCGGACUACUUUGGAGCGAACCCGGUGUACACGGAUGCUCAAUUUCGUAGGAGGUUCCGCAUGCGUCGCCAUGUCUUUGAGCGUCUUGUUGAUGUUGUGCAACAAGUGGAUCCUUAUUUUAUUCAGCGUCCAAAUUGUGCGGGUGAGAUUGGUCUUUCUGCUCUACAGAAAGUUGUUGCUGCUGUUCGAAUCCUUGCUUAUGGUAUUCCGGCUGAUGCCGUUGACGAAUACGUACGUAUUGGGGAAUCUACUGCUCAUGAGGCAUUGAAACACUUUUGCACGGCCGUCCAAACCGCGUUUGCUCCGUAUUAUCUCCGUGCACCAAAUGCAGAAGAUAUCGCACGCCUUCUCGAAGUUGGCGAGUCACGUGGGUUUCCUGGUAUGCUUGGUAGUGUUGAUUGCAUGCAUUGGGAGUGGCGUAACUGCCCAAGUUCAUGGAAGGGGAUGUUUACAGGGCGUGGUAAACAUCCUACCAUGAUCUUGGAAGCUGUUGCGUCGUAUGACCUGUGGAUAUGACAUGCAUAUUUUGGUCUGCCAGGUAGUUGCAACGACAUAAAUGUUCUUCACCGUUCAAACCUUUUCGAAAGGCAUCUGAGCGGUGACACACCUCCAGUUUCAUUCACUGUGAAUGGUCACACGUACAAUAUGGGAUAUUACCUAGCGGACGGGAUUUACCUUGACUGGCCCGCAUUUGUCAAGACAAUCUGUAACCCCUACGAUGUUAGAACCCAACACUUUGCAACAAUUCAAGAGUCUGCUCGAAAAGAUA